GACUAGUAGUAGUGAGUGAUCAUGGCUGGGAAAAUGAUUAUCGGUCCUGAUGCUGAUAAUUGUGGAGUGCAAAAGAAAGUACUCUAUCCAGGCGUUGGUGAAUUACCCGACUACUCACCAAACACUAAGAUCCACUUCCACUUUCGGACGCUACGCCGCAACGAUGACAGGACAGUGUUGGACGAUACCAAGAAUUCCAAGAAGCCAUUUGAGCUGAUCGUUGGUAAAAAGUUCAAGUUGGAUUGUUGGGAGCUGUGCCUAAAGACGAUGAGAUUGAAUGAAGUUGCACAGUUUAGCGUGCACAAGUCCCUGGUGGUGUCGUACCCCAUCGUGGCGAAGCAGCUACGUGACAUCAUCGCAGGGAGGCAGCCACAGGAGCACCGCACGCACUGCUGCGGCAUGAUGGCACUGCAGCAGAUGGGCCUUGGACACGCCGACCUUGAACAGAUGCUAAAGGAACCAGAGGAUCUAGACUUCAUCUUCGAGGUGUGUAAGAUCGACUAUGCGGGCGACUACAGGAAGGAUGCUUGGGCGAUGGAUGAGGAAGAGAAGCUGAGUCAGGUACCGGUGCUGCGUGAUGAGGGUAACCGCCUGUACAAGGCCGGCGACAUCGCAGGAGCCGCACAGAAGUACGGAGAGGCUCUCACCAACCUGGAACAACUGUGCCUCAG